AUAGAUCAUCACGAGCGCUGAUAGAUACUUAAAACCAGCUGUUGGUAUUCUGUGAGGUCUUUGGUACUGCUUAUUGUGUUAUCAGAGAAGCUAUGCCUCCCGCCCGGCCUCGACAUAUGAGCCGGUCUUCUCAGAGCAGCUGUUCCGCCGCUUCAUGGAACAGGUUCUGUUGCUCCCUCGCGACCGCCUUCCCGUGGGUCUCGGUGAACCUGCUGCUCACAUGGGCGUACUACGUUCUCGUCAUUGACAUUGGCGUCCACCAGUUCUCGGGCUGCUCGUCCGGUACGAUCGUGGUCCUGGGCACCGCAACUUAUCUCAUGUGCGAGAUUAACUAUUUCCUGAUCGUCCGCAACGGUGCCCGUGGACCACCUCGGACUCUUCAGCUUGCGUCCGACGACGACCAAGCCGCGAGCUCGUCUUCUGCCAUCCCGGAUCUUGAAGCCGGAACCGAGUCUCUACUCCCGCAGUCCGUGCUCGCCAAAGAAAACGGCCAGCAGCGAUUCUGCUCAAAGUGCAAGUGCUGGAAACCAGAUCGGACGCACCACUGCAGCUCGUGCAAGAAAUGCGUGUUGAAGAUGGACCACCAUUGUCCGUGGUUCUCGACCUGUAUCGGCUUUUAUAAUCACAAGUUCUUUAUCUUGUUCUUGCUCUACGUCGUCUUGCUUUGCGGAAUGUCUUUUGUAGUGUCUGGAUCAGCGUUGCUGGAGUGGAUCGAUACCCCUGAUGACGCCAAAGACUAUAUCUCGCUAAAUUGGGUAUUCCUCAUGGUCAUCUCCCUCAUCUUCGGCAUCGCCGUCGGCGUCUUCCUAGCCUACCAACUCUACCUCCUCUUCGCCAACAAAACAACUCUCGAAGCCAUGGAACCUCAGCGCUACAAAUCCAAGCUUCCUUCCAACUCAUUCCGCUACUCCGAAGCACCUUCCUCCCGAACCGUCGGCAACGUCUUCGACCUCGGCUGGCGCGCAAACUUCCGCCAAACGAUGGGCGACAACCCGCUCCUCUGGUUCCUACCUGUGCAGACGGCGAAGGGCAACGGCACGCUUUUCCCUGUCAACCCCGUCAUCCUCGGCCAGAUCAAGAGACAGGCGGAGCAGGAGUCGCAGCUUCUGGGUAAUCUACAGGGAUACUUGGCUCGGAAUUCAGCAGAUAGCUCGCGCUCGGGCGCGCAUGUCAUGGCUACUUCGGACGAGGACGAGUUCAACGGACGGGUCAGUGUCGAGUUCCGAGCAUCUGCAGGCGGAAGACGAGAUUAG